AAUUCCACUUUCUGUUUUCAGUUUAGACUCCUUAUAUCUUCACCUCGUUCCUCUCUUUGGUACUCUGAAAUGCCAGAAAUGGAAGAGCUACAGCUAACCUAUGACAUCGUCAUCUUCGGAGCUUCUGGUUUCACGGGCAAGUACGUUAUCCGAGAAGCCCUCAAGUUCCUCAACGAACCCUCCUCUCCAUUGAAGUCAUUGGCCAUAGCAGGCAGAAGCCCGUCGAAACUAGCCCAAGCUCUCCAAUGGGCCUCAAACCCUAACCCGCCGCCAGAAAUCCCUAUCCUCACAGUCGACGCCGCCGACCCGUCUUCGCUCCGCCGGAUCGCCUCUCAGGCCAAGAUCGUUCUCAAUUGCGCCGGCCCUUUCCGCUUGUAUGGUGAGCCUGUUGUGGCCGCUUGCGUGGACGCCGGAUGCGAUUACCUGGAUAUCUGCGGGGAGCCGGAGUUUAUGGAGGUGAUGGAGGCGUCUUACCACGAUAAGGCUGCAGAGAAUGGUUCCUUGGUAGUCUCAGCUUGUGGUUUUGAUUCUGUUCCUGCUGAAUUGGGCUUGAUGUUCAAUUCAAGACAGUGGGUUUCGCCGGCUGCUCCGAAUCGAGUGGAGGCGUACCUGAGUCUUGAGUCCGACAGAAGGAUUGUGGGCAACCUUGGAACCUAUGAGUCAGCAGUUCUUGGGGUAGCCAACAUCAACAAACUCCAGGAGCUGAGGCGUUCUAGACCUAGGAGGCCUCGCCCCACGAUUCCUGGUCAACCUCCCAAAGGACCAGCAUUGGAGCACCAAAAAGAGUUUGGGGUUUGGGCUCUGAGAUUGCCAUCAGCAGAUUCAGUCGUAGUCCGGAGAACGCUUUCGUGCUUGGCUGAAAACCCUGCAGGAAUACCAGGCGUCAAUGAGAGUGCUCAGCAAAUCGAAAAGAGGAAAGCAUUCUGGGCUGCAGUGAAACCGGCCCACUUUGGCGUGAAGAUAGUAUCCAAAUCUCUGUUGGGCAUUGUUCGCAUUGUGACAGUCGGGCUGUUCAUUGCAGUCUUUGGUAAAUCGUCCAUAGGGAGACGGCUGCUCUUGAAGUUCCCUUCGGUGUUUAGCCUUGGGUCAUUUAGGAAGCAGGGUCCAACAGAAGAAGAGGUGUCAAGUGCUUCUUUCAAGAUGUGGUUUGUUGGGCAUGGGUUUAGUGAUGCAAGUGAUAGUUUUGAAGGGAAUAAGAAACCCGAUAUGGAGAUUAUUACCAGAGUCACUGGACCUGAGAUUGGCUAUUUGACAACUCCAAUCAUUCUGGUUCAAUGCGCCCUCGUUCUUUUGAACCAGCGAGAUGACUUGCCCAAAGGCGGCGUCUUCCCUCCGGGUAUUAUAUUUGGCCCCACAGAUCUCCAGCAACGCCUCCAGCGGAAUGGGGUAUCUUUUGAUCUCAUAUCAAAAAAGUCUCUCUCGCAACGAAUUUAGCUUGUCUGUAAAUGCGGAAGUGCGGGAAGGCAAAUGGUUUCCUUGUUACCAAAUAUAGCUCUCUUGUGAGUUAUUAUAAAAGUAUAUUUCAGUAUUAUGAACUUGGCUUCUUUUCUUAAUAUACCCCAUCUUUGAAUCUUUUUACUAUACGUUUUUUAGAGGGUUUGUCAGCUUGUUUCCCUCUUAAGAACAUUAUACUGCAUAAUUGCAAAAAAGAGUAAUCCGGGGA